AUGAUAAUGGCAGGGGCCAAAUGCAAAUCAGAGGGCGACGGUAACUUUUCUGGCAUAAGACAGGUGUGCAUGAGUGCCUUGAAGUCAUUGACUGAAUCAGCACAAGAUGUCACCAGCAAUCUUCUUAAAGAAGGUCGUGGUUUUAACUCUCUAGUAGUCAGUUGGUCAGUAAUGUAUGCUAGGGAACCCCUACAUCGGCCAAAAUCCAGAGCAUUCAUUCGAUGUACCCGCCCUGACAUGGAUUGCGCUCUCACAAACCGACUUUUAUCUCCUUCCAAUUUGCCGUGGAAAUUUAGUCACGCUUGUACUAGUGAAAUCUUUUAUUUUCUUGUCCUUGGCAUCGUCGAAACUAUUUUGAAAAGUUUCCCUGCACCUCCUCCUAUUUAUUGUAACAUGAGUGCUUUCAAUCAAACUUUGACUGAGGAUGAGAUAGGAAAGAUCGUCUUUUUAUUCAGUUUAGCACCCAAAAUGAAUAAAUUUAUGAGUGAGGAAAGGCAGAUGCCACUGUGCGAUACUCUCGCCUUCUCUAUAGCAGAUCACUCUCUUUCCAUUGCAGCCACUAUCUUAAGAAGUGAUGCCUACUGGACGGAAACCUAUAUUGAACCUAGUCGACCCGAAGGUAGUGGCGACGUAAUUCCUCAUACUGAAGUGUCAUCCACUAAAACGACCUCCGCUAUGGAGCCUUAA